AUGGCAUAUCUACAGAAAUUCUGCUUAGAUGGACUGCUCACUUGUAAUGAAUGUUCCUAUCAAGACUUGCUUGGAAUAUUCAAGGCCAAUAUAUUAGUGAGGGAAGAAAAUGUUAAUGAAUUAUUAUGUUCGACAGAUGCAAGUCAGCAAAAUGAAUGUAAGAAACUUGACAUUGUUCUCCAUUUGAAGCCACCUGAGACUCCAGAACCAUCCAUAGAACCACAUCGUAUAAUUGAGUUUUGUGAAAGUUUAAUUACUUCAAUACAAGGAAUCAAUCAUUGCCAAAAUUGUCCAGCCUCAUCUCCCUCGUCCUGUGAUACUGUAUGCGCUACAACAAGAACAACACAAGCUGAAACAACAACAACAUCAACAGCAGCAACAACGGCAGCAACCACAACAUCUUAUAUUGAACACAGUCUACGUCAAGAAAAGACAACGGAAGAUGGUCUACAAACAUCAGCUGUAGUAAUUAUCAGUGUGGUAUCCUUUAUUGCUGGUAUAUUGUGUACCUUUAUCACUGUGUUUUUCAUCCGAUAUUUACAAAACAGGCAAAAGAGACCGGCUGCUAAGGAAGAAGGUGAAACUGUUAUUGAUGUUCCGAUGAAUACCAAAGUUGGUGCAAGUUCUGAAAUGAAAAUGCAAAGUGUUGAAAUGACUAACGAAAGGCUGACAAGUAACAUUGGCAAUAACGAUAAAGUUAUCAAGGAGCAUGUCUAUUACGAACUUGGCACACACUUGGAAUCUAACACACAAUCAGACGUGACAAAUAAAGAAGAAAACAUAUCGAAAGAAGACUUUCAUGGAAAUUUUCAACAAAAGAAUAGCCAGACAAGAGACCAUGUGUAUAAUCCUCUUGAAAUUAAAGAACAUGCUGGAUUAGAUUUUUAUAAAAAUGCAAGUGCAGAAGCUUACAAUGAGCAUACAUAUACAGGACUAGCAAACAGAGAAGAUGAAGGUUCUGUUCAGCUAGAUGAAAGUACAGGGAAUUCUGGAACAAAUGAUCGUUCAAAUGAAGCUCAUUACUUCACACUUGAGAAAACCAAUGGCAACGAAACAAGAGCGUUUGGUGGCGUAGUAAAGCAAGAAUCAAACAUAGGUGAAAAGUCUGAGGAUGGUCUCAAAGAUGGCGGUCAUGAUUAUUUUAACUUAGAAAAGAUGGAUGAGUCUGACCUUCAAACUCAUAAAGUUAAGGAAAAUGAUGACGUCCGCAUUGGUGAAAGUGAAGAAAAUACACAUCACAUUCUUGAAAAAGUAUAAUAAUCAGAAAUGCAUUUCAAGACUGUAUUCAAUUUACAUAAUCAUAGCUUAUUAAUUUCUGAUAAUACAACAUUAUAUAUUGUUGAAAAGAAAAUACCUUAUCAUAAUACUAAAAAAAGUGUACAUAAGUUCUUUAUCACAUACCUAUGUCACUUUUGUGACCGCGUAAAAACAGUAGUGUACGCCCUUGCACAUAUUUUGACGUGACGUUAUUUGGAUUAUACAAACAUAGUGUAAGACACGCUAAAUACACGUCAGUGAAAACGUGGCUCAUUGUUAACAGUUCUUAUUUUUGAUAUGUGCUAAAAAGAAAAUUACAUUCGAGUUGCUUCAAUACUGAAUUAUUGAACCCGUUGAAUAAAAUAUAUGGUGUUUGCCAGUGGCUCGUAUAAUAUAAUUUUAUUCAACUCGUUCAAUAAAAACAUUAUUGAACCAUCACUCAUUCAAAUAUCGUCUUUAUUAUAUGUAAUGUUUAUCCACAUUUUCUGUUUAAUUCUUUCUCUUUGUUUGUCUUUUUCCUUAUAUAGUCCUAUCUAUUGUAACAUGCCUCAUGAUUUUGUCACUAUACAUAAAGAAAAAAAAAACUGUGAAACACUUAUAAGGAACUAUUUUUAAUUUUUAU